AUGGCAGGAAUUGGAUGGAAGUACUUUCUCGAUGAUGCCGCAUGUAAAGUUGCUUUGUAUUUCCGCAGAGUAGCCAAAGGAGUUUCUCUUAACACCACCUGCCUUCUGAGUGGUUUCCAGGUCUCAAAGCUUUGCACUAGAAAUGUUUGGUGGAAGAUCACUACUACAUUCCCCAACUGCUUUGGAAUCUGUGGUUUCCUUUUCUGGAUUCUGCAGGUCCUGGUAAAUGUUUAUGUGCCUCUGAGAGUGAUUGGCCCAACACACAGGCAAAAUGUCACUCUGCACAUGCAUUAUAGAUACUGUGCCAUAGGACCAACUACACCAAAACCAUUUGUACGUUUGUCACAAAUAGUCUUAUUCCUUUCCAUUGAUAUUAUGUGCUUGGUUUUCAUGAUGUGGGCCAGUGGCUCCAUGGUCCUUGUCCUGCACAGACACAAGCAGAGGGUCCAGCACAUUCACAGCCACAUUGCCUCCCGAAGACCUGACCAUGAGGCCAAGGCCACACGCACCAUCCUGACCCUGGUGAGCAUGUUCGUCUCCUUCUACUUCCUCUCUGCCAUGUUCACUCUUUUUGUUGGUCUACAUAUGAAACCAGACCUGUGGCUGGUGGACAUGUCUGUGUUCCUGGGUUCAUGUUUCUCUGUACUCAGCCCCUUUGUGCUCAUCAGCACUGACAAUCGUAUCACUCAGGUUUUUCAUUCUUGCAUUGAAUAA